CCUUUAUUCCCGCUGUCCGCGCCAGCCCUGUUUGUUCUCUGUAUCCUGUGCACACACCUUGCAAGCGACGACACCAUGAGUCUGACUUCCAAUUCCGGCGUACGAGUUGAAUGGAUUGCAGCAGUUACCAUUGCUGCGGGGACUGCUGCAAUUGGUUAUCUCGCUUACAAAAGAUUUUAUGUCAAAGAUCAUCGCCACAAAUCUAUGGUAAACCUUCACAUACAGAAAGACAACCCCAAGAUAGUACACGCUUUCGACAUGGAGGAUUUGGGAGAUAAAGCUGUGUACUGCCGUUGCUGGAGAUCCAAAAAGUUCCCACUCUGUGAUGGAGCUCACACAAAACACAAUGAAGAGACUGGAGACAACGUCGGACCUCUGAUCAUCAAGAAAAAAGAAACUUAAAUGGACAAUUUUGAUGCUACAAACCAACAUGUCAUGAUGUUACCUGGUUGCUUAAUUAGGAUGAAUACCACUUAUGUCUAAUUCACAUCCCCUGGGUUCUAGAUGUGGUAUAUAUUGUAAAGUGCAGCUUUCACAUCCACGGCAUUUGCCUUACUUGUUGAACCAUCGUGGUGAACAUUUGUUUAAUCAGAAAAAAAAAAAAAA